AGAUGUGAAAACCAUCUUGUACUCACGACUGAUUAAACUUAGCUAAAGGAUGCAUGAAGAAGAGACUGCUGUGAAAAAAUAGCCCCCACAUCCCAGUCUCUACAGGACAUGAGCGAAGCCACCCUGCUCUCAAAGGUCACCAUGCUGGCUUCAGGAACUUGGCCUUUUCUGCUCGUUUCACUUCUGUUUUUGUCCCUUCAUCAUGGCCCCUCACAUGGUUUUACCCUGAAAAAUUGCACCAUAGCUUACUCUGAAAAUAACUCUGAUGUGUCGGUUUCAUGCAGGCAGCAUGGCAUCUCAGCAAUUCCAGAUGACAUUCCCAGAAAUGCAGCAUCACUAGAUCUCGGCUCAAAUCAGAUUUUAGCUAUUACCAGGACAGAUUUAAGAGGUUUAUCAAAGCUCAGAACUGCACAGGUUGAAUACAACUUUAUUUCACAUAUUGAUGAUGGGGCUUUUGCAGACUUGGGAGAAUUAAAUUCGCUCUUCUUGGAUGAGAAUCGACUCAGAAACCUGACAGAUAACAUGUUUCUGGGUCUGUCCAGAUUAGUGUUUCUCUCUCUAUGCACCAAUCAGAUCUCCUUUGUAUCCCCUGGUGCUUUUCAACCCCUGGUCAGCAUCCAGUGGGUGGAACUGGGAAGCAACCAACUACAUCAAAUUACAGACAUUGCUCCGAUAUUAAAAUUCCCAUUUUUAACAUAUCUAGGAAUUGGGUAUAACAAGUUUACCUCUUUUCAAUCAGAUGACCUACCUUUAAACAUUUCAAACAUUAAAAUGCUUGAACUUAGUAUGAAUCCACUGAGAACGUUCAGCAUUACAAAGGAUAUUUUUCCUCAUCUAAAGAGUCUGGACUUCAGCAAGUGCAGCUAUGACAUAGACUGGAAUGUGCCAAACAAGACCUUUCUGAGCAGCUUAACUAGCUUGGCACUUAGUGGAUGUUAUAUUAGCUUUGAAACAUAUAGCGCGAUGUUACAGACUGCUGCUUCCCUGCAACAACUUUCCCUGUUGUUCAUGGAGAAGUUUAUAGAUGACGGCCUCAUAGAUGUCGCCUGCCAAACCCCAUCUCUAAGAAGCCUUGACGCAAUCCUUAACAAGAUUGGGUUUGUAGAUGAUAACUUGCUUUGGUCGUGUUCGCAACUUAAUGAGCUCAAGUUAUCACAUAAUGAUCUGUCUGGUAUGUCUGAACAUGCACUCCAAAAUACGAGACAACUCAAGCUGUUGAAUCUUGAGUCAAACCAGCUAAAAAAAGUACCACUUGCAGUCCGAGGACUCGCCAGACUGGAAAGCCUGAAUCUGCACGCUAACUUCAUCAGUGAGCUCAGCUGCCUUGAUUUCCAGAACUUGACAAGCAUUACAGCCCUCAAUCUGAAACGCAAUCUCAUGUCCAGUCUUCAAGAGUGUGUUUUUCAAAAUCUCAAUAAUUUGAAAGAACUUGAUAUUGGGGAAAAUAUCUUUUGUACAAUCGAAUCCAGCCUCAAAGGAAGUUUACAGAAACUAGAAACUCUGAAUAUGCACAAUAAUAGGUUUUUACAGCUUAUGCAAGGUACCUUCCAGAACCUGUUGUCCCUCAGUUCUUUGGAUUUGGAGUCGGACUCAUAUUAUAAUGUUUAUGGGGGAACUUUUGAAGGACUUGAUCACCUUAAAACACUUAGCCUGUCACUCAGUGUGUAUGAAAAAGCAACUUUCAGGGGCCUACAACACCUGGAAACCCUGAGCCUUCAUCUCACCUUUAAUUGGAAGCCAAAUAGUCUUCAACAAAAUUUCGAGCCAUCUUUCUCUGAUUUAGUCAACUUGAAGACGCUUGUUCUCAAAACUUAUGACACCUACUCUGCUGAUGUUUCACCAGAUCUGCUUAGUGGUCUGAAAUCUUUAGAAUCCUUUAAAACAGAAAAAUUCUUCACAAGAUCUUUACACCCGGAUACGUUUAAAUACACCCCACAGCUGCGAAGAUUGGAAAUAAUCCAAAGUGGUCUGACACAUUUAGCUCCUGAAGUCUUCUGGCCAAUCCCAAACCUGAAGGAACUAGACCUCUCCAACAAUAAACUUUCGUCUUUGGACUUUCUCUCUCGGGCCAACCUACCAAAGCUACGCUGGCUCAAACUCAGCAACAACGAACUGUCGAUCAUCAAUGAGACAACCUUUCAAUCCCUUCCUGCAUUGACAUACUUGGACCUGAGUGAUAAUCCUUUAACAUGUGAAUGCUCCAACUCUGGUUUCAACCAGUGGAUUCUAAACAACAACCAAACACAGGUUGUUAAUGGUCACCAGUACCCCUGCGCAUUUCCUGUGAGCCAAAAGGGUAACAUGUUCCUGGACUUUGACGUCCGACUCUGCUGGGUAGACUCUAGCUUCCUCUGCUUCGUUUCUAGCUCUUGUCUGGUCAUGCUUACCCUCCUUGCAUCCUUUGUCUAUCACUUCCUGAGAUUGCACAUCAUCUACACCUACUACCUUUUACUGGCCUUCCUCUACGAUAAGACAAGAAGCAAGAAGGGCACUCCUGACAGCUACGAUGCUUUUGUGUCCUACAACAUUCAUGAUGAGGCCUGGGUCUGCAGUGAGUUGCUUCCUAUACUGGAGGGUCAGCAAGGCUGGAAACUGUGUCUGCACCACAGAGACUUUGUACCAGGUAAGCCCAUCAUUGAAAACAUUACAGAGGCUAUCUACAGUUGCAGGAAGACCAUCUGUGUGAUCAGCAGACACUACCUGCAGAGCGAGUGGUGCUCCAGAGAGAUCCAGAUGGCCAGCUUCCGUCUGUUCGACGAGCACAAAGACGUGCUGAUCAUGCUGUUUCUGGAGGACAUCCCAGUCCAACAGCUGUCUCCGUACCACCAAAUGAGAGGUCUGGUGAAGAGGUGCACCUACCUGAGCUGGCCACAGGCCACUCAGCACUCCGGGGUCUUCUGGCAGAACGUAGAGCGAGCUCUGGGUGCAGCUGAAAGCCCCACUGAUAACUCACUUCUCCGUGUUUAACAUGAACAUUUUUUACACGUAAGAUGAUGGAAAUGAUGCAUCGUUGUGCUGUUAAAAUGGUAUAAACUCCAAUGAACUGAGUUUUAAUGUGAACUGGGUCUGAUGAUAAAAACCAGUAACUUUUGAUUUACACAUUUUGGAUCUAAUUUAUGCAGAAUUUUUACACUUUAAUGGGAAACUUAAAUCGGAUUGAAAGGUUCUUGUAUAUCUAGGUGGCAGAGAAGAGGAAAAAGAAAUGUAGGAUCCUUUUUUAUUUUCAUUUUUGCUUAUUUAGAGACAAUGUAAAUUAUGCUUGUGUCAAAAUCGCUGUUUUUUUCCUCACAAUACUGAAUAAAAGUUUCUUGCUUGUAGCUUUUCUUUCAAUUGUACUGUCAGGACUGUCAGACAAUCGACUACAUAAAGUGCUCAGUGUUAAAUAUGUAUAUGCAGAUGGAGCAUUCUACUGAU